CUAAUUCUUAUGCAUGUUUUCCUCCUCUCUUUUCCAAGUUUCCAUGAUAUAUGUCCAUCAUCUCUGCUCUCACUCAGCCUCAACGCUCUGUUCUUCCUCCCUUGUUUCCAUCCACUCGCUCUCAUUAAGCCAUCUCCUUUCCCUUUCACCCAUGUCAGCACUAGAUCUCAGCAAGGCCAUCCUUCUGGACUUGUGACCACCAAUGUUUCACAACCAAGUGACUUGCAAUGGACUGCCUUCCUCCUUCUUCCCUCCAAACUUCUUGUUACCCCAUGAAGAGGGCCACCAGCCCCCAGCUUCUCUUGGGCCCCUGCUCCCCACUAAUCCACAGGACUUCAGAGGUGUGGCCACAAUGCUGGGGAAGAGGUCCAUGUCGUUCUCCGGCAUCGAGGCCUGUGAGGAGAUGAAUGCGGAGGAUGACCUCUCCGAUGAUUGCUCGCAUGUGGGGGAGAAAAAGAGGAGGCUGAACUUGGAGCAGGUAAGGACGCUGGAGAGGAAUUUUGAGAUGGGGAACAAGCUCGAGCCAGAGAGGAAGAUGCAAUUGGCCAGGGCUCUCGGGCUGCAGCCAAGGCAGAUUGCCAUAUGGUUCCAGAACAGGAGGGCCAGGUGGAAGACCAAGCAAUUGGAGAAGGACUAUGAUGCCCUCAAGAGGCAGUUUGAGGGUAUCAAAGCUGAGAAUGACGCCCUCCAAGCCCAGAACGAGAAGCUUCACGCUGAGAUUUUGGCACUUAAAGGCAGAGAAACGACUGAGCCCAUCAACCUCAAUAAAGAAACCGAGGGAUCUUGCAGCAACAGGAGUGAGAACAGCUCUGACGUCAACUUAGAUAUCUCAAGAACACAAGCCACCGAUAGCCCUUCAAAUCCCCACCAAAGCAGGCCUUUUUUCCCAUCAUAUAGAUCCCCAAGUGUUGCCCAACUCCUCCAUGGCUCCUCCAAAGCAGAGGCCCAAUGCCCCAAGAUCGAGCACGGCAUCCAAGAGGAGAACUUUAACAUGUUCUGCAGCAUAGAAGAUCAAACUGCCUUCUGGUCAUGGUCAGAGCAGCACAAUUUCCGCUGAUACAUUUCAGCUACUCUUCUUCUGGUCGUCCAUUAAGCACUGCAUGAUUAUCAUUGUUCUCCCAUGCACGACAAAUUUUCCGGCUGCUUACGAUGAUGAGAUUAACAUUUGCCUUUGCUCUUGGUGUUGGAAGAAUGAAGCUGGCGAAUCGAAUUAAACCAUGAAGAAGGUGCUAAGGGAAUAAGAAGUUCUUAAUGUUUGUAGUUUUUUUUAAGCUAGUUCAUCUGUUGUUAUGAGAUGGAACUUAGUUCAUAUAGGUUUUAGUGAUGGUCUAUGGCUCCUCCAUGGACCAUGAAAUAAUGGCGAUUUUUCUCCGUAUACCAUUGUACUCCUUUCGUUCAACUGUUUGAAGAAAGUGUGAUGGAUUUAAAAUUCA